UUCUUGAACAUCCUGUACUCGCUCUUCCAGCUCUUCUCCGAUGUGCAGAGAAGUUUUUCGUGGGCUUGUCGUGGGACAGGGGAUUAUGGGUUCCGUGUUUCUCACUGGGCCGAGGGGACCCGCUCUACUCCGCUCAUUCUCAAGACACCCAAGCUAAGUCUCAGGUGCCCUUGCCGGGCCAUGCGCGCAGGUGCAAAAGCUGGUAGCAUUGAGAAGGGGAGGACUUUAUGGCCCCCGCCCUUGUCUUGUUUCCCCUCCCAUCCAGAGAGGGCUCCGCCUCUUUCUUUACCCCUAGGCUUUCUGAGAAGGGGAGGGGAGGGGACUAGAAAGCCUUCACUUCUGCUCUCUUAAGUCCCAUCUCGGUCCUCCCCACCCACCCCACUCUCUAAAUCAGUCGGUGCCUCCCUCCUCUAUACCCCCCCCCCUUACCCCUGCACGCACCCCUCGCACUGUGAUUGGCUGGCACGGCUGGUCCAUGGCACGCGCCUGUGGAUGUAGUUAUAAGAAUCCUCGCGUGCCGGUCCUCAGUCCUAACAAGUCCCCGAUAGCCCUCCAGAGCGCACUGCACGGCUUGCGACGGCUGCAGCCCCUUAACCUGAGCGUCUGCUACAGUUUCCGAGAGCAGGGGCGGGGCGGGUGGGGUGGGAGAGGAGAAGGCAGUCCUCACCUACCUUCAGUGCAUCAAGUCUCUGAGCAACAAGGGAGCCGCAGUGUGGGGAGGUAGAGCAAAAUAAGGAAGAGGGCGGGGGGCACGACAGCGAACCCGAAGCCCCGAGCAUGGACGCAGUGCUGCUGGAGCACUUCCCGGGGGGGCUAGACGCCUUCCCCUCGCCUUACUUCGACGAGGAGGAUUUCUUUACGGAUCAAUCCUCCCGUGACCCCCUGGAGGAUGGCGACGAGCUGCUGCCCGACGAGCAGGCGGAGGUGGACUUUUUCAGCCACCAGCUCCACGAGUACUACUACCGGGACGGAACGCGACUGCUCCUGCCUCCUGCUCAGUCUGCCCAGCACCCUUCCGCGAUCCCGCCGGGGGUCCCGGAGGAGGCGGACGACGGAGGCGGCUUUUGCUGCGAGCCCGGGGCGCCCCCAGGUGGCAGCGUUUUCCCAGAGUCCCCCGGCCCCGCGUCUCCCGCUCCCUGCCUCGGCUACCCGUGCUCUGGAAGCGCCGCCGUGCUUUCCCCCGGGGGGCGGCUGCGGGGACUGAGCAGUGCAGCCGCGGCGGCGGCGGCGGCGGCAGCGGCGGCGGCGGCGCGGAGGCGGCGGCGAGUGCGCUCUGAAGCAGAGCUGCAGCAGUUACGGCAGGCGGCCAAUGUGCGGGAGAGGCGGCGGAUGCAGUCCAUCAAUGACGCUUUCGAAGGGCUGCGCUCGCACAUCCCUACGCUGCCCUACGAAAAGCGGCUCUCCAAGGUGGACACCCUCCGCCUCGCCAUCGGCUACAUCAACUUCCUGAGCGAACUCGUUCAAUCUGACCUGCCCCUUCGGGGAGGAGGCGGAGGAGGCUACGUCAGAGCCGGUGCCGGCGGCGGCCUGGGAGGGGACGGUCUCGGGAGCCAGGCCAAGAAGGUCAUCAUCUGCCACCGGGGCACCCGGUCCCCAUCCCCCAGCGACCCAGAUUAUGGACUUCCGCCCCUGGCAGGGCAUUCUCUGUCGUGGACAGAUGAAAAACAACUCAAGGAGCAAAACAUUAUCCGAACAGCGAAAGUGUGGACUCCAGAAGACCCCAGGAAGCUAAACAACAAAUCCUCCCUCAAUAACAUAGAAAAUGAACCGCCCUUUGAUUUUGUGUCCUAAGGACACCAGCCUCCCUCUGAUUGUGCCUCUGUGCACACUGGAGGUGUAACUAUCUUUUGUAAAUUUAAUUUAAGAGUCACAUUCUCCUAAUGGCAAUCAACAGUUUGUUAUUUAUCUAUUUAUUAUUCAUAACGGUUAAUGAAGUAGACUGUCUUUUUUAAUUCAUAAUUUAUAUAAUUUAUCCUGAUUUUUAAAAUAUGCAAUAGUAUAAAAUCUUUACGGCACCUUUGACAGAACUCUACAAGACUGGAGAAAACUCUUGCCAGGACAAAUAAUUUAUUACCAGAUAUGGUUUAUUAUGUUGUUAAUAAAUGUGAUUU